AUGCCUCCCGUUCCCCAGCAACACGCCGGCGCCAUGGGCCCCUCCAUCGCCGACAAGCUCAAGAUGGGUGCUCUGAUGGGUGGCACUGUCGGAGCUGUCAUGGGCUUCGUCUUUGGCUCGAUCAACAUCAUGCGCUACGGCGCCGGCCCCAACGGCAUUAUGAGGACACUGGGACAGUACAUGGCUGGUUCCGGAGCAACUUUCGGGUAUGCGCAGCCUUACCGCCCAUUGCGACAAGAGCUAACAGGGCCCAGCUUCUUCAUGUCCAUUGGUAGCGUUAUCCGAUCCGACUCCGCCAUCGCCGAAGCCGCCUACCGUAACAUGCAGCGAAGACCGGUCCUCGUCUACGGCCCCGGUUCCGACUUUUCGAAGCGCCAGCAAUAA